AUGGCUGCUUUAGUCCCGCAAGUCGAUAGCUUAGAUGUGGUCUACGCUGGUGCAUCUGAGGGCAACCAAGUUCCUGAAGCCCUGAAGGAACGUUUUGUCAACCUGAUAAAAUCAUUCAAGCAACAAUAUGGUCAGCAACCAGAUUUCGUAUCCCGGAGUCCUGGCCGAGUCAACAUCAUUGGCGAACAUGUCGAUUAUUCCUUAUAUAACGUCCUACCUGCAGCAGUCACGGUGGAUGUUCUGAUCGCCGCCCGGAUCAUCAAGAAUUCGGGAAGCCAACCGCUCAUUCGAAUUGCCAAUACCAACCCGUCCAAGUAUCCCUCCAAGGAUGUGACAGUCCCUGAGUCGGGCACAGUCGAAGUGGAUAAAGAGAACCACUCAUGGAGCAACUACUUCCUGGCUGGCUUGAGCGGGUCAUUGAAGUAUCUUCGUGACAAGCUGGGCGAGGCUUUCAAGACCAACGGGCUAGAACUACUCAUUGAUGGCAAUGUCCCUGCAGGAGGCGGACUCUCCAGCAGUGCUGCUUUUGUGUGUGCAUCUGCUCUCGCCGUCAUGGCAGGCAAUAACCACCAGAUAUCGAAACAAGAUCUUCUCGACCUCUCCAUCGUCUCAGAGCGUGCUGUUGGUGUCUUUUCCGGAGGCAUGGACCAGGCUGCUUCAAUAUUCUCUGAACGGGGCUACCUGCUCUACUGCACAUUCUUUCCCAAGUUCUCUGCCGAACACGUAUCAGUCCCCACCUCUGACCCGGAGGUAACGUUCUUGAUUGCGCAGUCAUUCGUCACGUCGGACAAGGCUGUGACUGCUCAAAUUCACUACAACCUACGGGUGGUGGAAGUAACUUUAGCCACCCUGGUUCUGGCCAAAGUACAUGAAAUAUCCUUAAAUCCAGAUCACAGCUCUCUUGGCUUCUCCUUGCGGAACUUCCAAGAAGAGCUGAUCAAGAAAGAAGGACUUGGCAACAGCGACGCAAGAUCCCAAGUGGAAAUCGUCACCGAGGCCAUAAACGCCAAGCUUGACAGAUCCAGCUACACCCGAGACGACAUCUCACAGAUCCUGGGAAUCUCUGUCGAGCAGCUUGAAAAACAAUAUAUGUCCAAGUUUCCAAUCAGGGCGGACUCAUUCAAACUCAAACAGAGAGCUUUGCACGUAUUGGAAGAAGCAGGGCGCGUGCUCAAAUUCAAAGACAUUCUGACCAACACAGGAAGCCUUGACCAAGAUAAGCUGUUAUCACUGGGCGGACUCAUGAACCAAACCCAAGCCUCAUGCAGAGAUGUCUAUGAGUGUUCAUGUCCUGAAAUCGACGACAUUUGUUCGAUAUCUCGAAAAGCCGGUGCAUACGGCGCUCGUUUGACUGGAGCCGGCUGGGGUGGCUGCACUGUGCAUUUAGUUCCUCAAAGUAAGGUAGCCGCAGUCGUCGAAGCGCUGAAAGAAGAAUACUACUUCAAGAAAUUCCCGAAUAUCAGCGAGGAAAAGCUUCAAGAAGCAGUGGUCAUCUCGAAGCCAAGUCAGGGAUCUUCACUCAUCGUCGGCAAGGCAUUGGAUGUAUAG